AUGGGAGAUGUACCACCGCCCUCGAGCUUACCGAAUGCUCACUUAGGCCAAGAAGCCUAUGAUAAUUCUUUCCACGCGUCAGCAACUAUUAGCGAAGGUCAAGCGCCUACUGUUCAGGCAACGGGCGAGAACGCGCUAGGCUUUCAGUCACCAUACGAGCAACAAAUUGAUCCUUCUCAGAAUGCGUUUUCUGCUCAGUUCAACAUGACACAGCAACAAGGCACUGGUAGAGGGCCCGCGCAGGGCUCCUACAACAUGAGCGCAAUGGCAAAUGCGCUGCCACAUCCUACAUUCCGGAACAACUCGAACAAUGCCGGGCAGACACGAUAUAAUCAUAACGGCUCGUCCUCUGGCGCCAUGCCACCGGUGGCUCAAUAUCCAGGACAGUCUGGCAUGAAUCCUAUGGCUGCUCAGCAGUAUUACAUGGCACAACAGGCGUCCAUGCCGAGUUACUAUAAUGCUCAACUUCCGCCGGCGCAACAGCAAGCUGGAAUUCCGAGACAACACACCAUGGGUUAUUACACCAACCAGCCGAUGAUGAACCAAGCACAUCAGCCGAUCCCUGCUGGAUAUUAUUAUCCUCACCCUAGCCAGUAUCCGAACCACAACGCGACAAUGCCCGGAAAUAUGAUGCCAAGUCACUAUAUGCCCCAUGAUCAUCGGGGAAAUUCCCCAGCGUAUCAGACUGCCGCCAGCGCUUUUGGUAUUCCAGAAGGUACCAAUAACCGCCGAGCGAGUCCCAAUGUUGUUCGCGGUCCGCCCCGAAAGCCCCGACAAAGUGGUCAUGCCAUAUGGAUCGGUAACUUGCCGCCGCAAACUGAUUUGAUGAACUUGGUUCAUCAUGUGUGUAACGAAGCUCCCGGUCUCGAAUCUCUGUUUCUCAUCUCAAAGAGCAACUGUGCUUUUGCAAACUUCAAGGAUGAACAAAGCUGUAUCCAAGCACAAUCCAAAUUACACGACUCGAAAUUCCAAACUGUCCGACUCGUCAGUCGUCUUCGAAAGAGUACGGUCGAAGGAGCAUCUGGGCAGACUGCUCCCACAGGACCCUCGGCGACAUCACCCAAGGUGCAGACAGUGCCUCCCGAGGCUGUUAAUCACGAUGCGCCAUCUACGCCUGCCGAAGCAGAAGCCGCUGCGGUACCCACCAAGCCAUCAGAGGAGCAAUCUUCAAGAGUGCCCCUUGUUGUUGAUGGUGAAGCCCAACAACAGAAAGACCGCUUCUUUAUUCUUAAAAGUCUAACUAUGGAGGAUCUUGAUCUGAGCGUAAGGAAUGGUGUUUGGGCGACACAGUCGCACAAUGAAGAAUCAUUGAACAGUGCAUUCAAGGCUGCGGAUAAUGUCUAUCUCGUGUUUUCAGCCAACAAGUCUGGAGAAUACUUUGGCUAUGCAAGGAUGCUGUCUCCAAUAAACAACGAUCCCGCCGCAGCUAUCGAGUUCGCCCCGAAAGCACAAGCCACAAACGAUCUAGAUUUACCCAAGGCGAUCCCCACCGAAGCCACCGACAAUUGCCCUCGGGGUAAUAUAAUUGAUGACUCAGCGAGAGGUACAAUCUUCUGGGAGGUCGAGCGAGACGAAAGCGAGACACAAACGAACGAGGCUGAAGAUUCGGAAGAUUCUGCGAGCGCACGCAGCGGACUUGACGGCGAACAGGGUAAAGCCUGGGGCAAACCUUUCAAGCUGGAGUGGCUUUCUACAACGCGGUUACCCUUCUACAGGACUCGGGGUCUGCGGAACCCCUGGAACUCAAACAGAGAGGUCAAGAUUGCUCGCGAUGGAACUGAACUGGAACCUUCAGUUGGCAGGCGGUUGAUUGGGCUGUUCAACCGCGUGCAGAGCCCCGCGUCGAUAAUUCCCAUGGGAGCGCGCCAAAACUUGCCCAUGAUUGCUGGUUACCCACCGGCGCCUAUGGCUGGGCCCGGGCCGUAUCCAGCGUAA